UUGUCAUACUUUUACAUAAUAAUAAGAGUGAUAUUAGGCACAAAUAGCUCAGUUAAUAUUUUAUUAAUUAUGCAGAACUGAAACCUAUCUUAUUUUAUCUUAUCUUAUCUUAUGUGUCUUCUCUAAAGGCAGAGAAAUUUCUUGAAUCCUUGCUGUUGUUGCUGUUUAAUAAUUUAAAUACAGUCUUUUAAAGCUGUGAGGGCACUUAAUCAAAUUUCAUUCACAUCUCAAAAAAUAUCAGCAUGGCAGAAAUCUAAAAGACAGAUGCUCAUAUCUCAAAAAAUAUCAGCAUGACUACAAGGCAUCAGAGGUAAGUAAGAAUGUGUUGUUGUUUUAUAUAUAUAAUUUGGCAUAAGUGCCCCUUUAAUUUUCAGUUUUAUGACGUACCUCAAAACAUGCCACAUUUAUAUCAUUAUGAAUCAUUAAUAAGCCUCUCUUUUUGGUACACAUGUCUACAACAAAUAACAUUAUUUUGUUUUAUGUUUUGUGUAUGUUAUAUUUCAUCUCUUCCAUCUCUGCACAACGUUGUUUUUUAGAUUCUCAGUUUUUAGUUGUCACAUGUUUUUUAUCCAUAUUUAUGGAGCAAUGUUGGAAGGAGCCUGAGAUCUUAUGAGAUGAUUUUUACUGCCACUCAGUCCUUCUCUUUAAUUGUUGUGCAGAUGACUUUAAAUAACUUGAACUGAACAAGCAGAGGUAAGUGAGAAAAUGUGUUUUUCUUAUAAUUUGGGAGAAGUGACCCUUUAAUUCUCAUGCCAAGUUUAUGUUCUUAUAAAUCAUUUAUAAGUCUCUCAUUCUGGUGUCAUUGGAAGCCUUAUUUUGUCUAUUCUUUGUUAUUUCAUGUCAGUGAAUUCAUCAAAUCUGAAACAUCUUCUUUGUGUUUGGGUUGUUCUGCAUGUUUUAUAGUUUUUGUUGUGGUUGCACAUGUUUUUGUUUUAAUCUGACUCUGUCUUCCUUUUUAUGUUUUUUAGCUGUUGUUUAAGUGUGUGUGGCAACUGGGAGUGUCUGCAGGCGCUGACUGGUUUCCCCUCCUCUCCAAACCAUCCCAUUCAUUAAAAAAAGUUUAUAGCCUGCAGACACACUCACUGAGGGAGCCUGCUGCUUCCCUCGUCUUACAUGAAAACAGAGACGAACUGGAGGAACACACCUGAAGGCUUCAAUGGAGAACCAGGAGGCAGAGGACGGCUCUUACCUGUGUUUCCAGAGAACUCCUUCUCUCAGACGUAAAUGGAGGAAACGUUAUGGCGGUCUGGAUGGCAACAAACUGCUGGAGCCCAAUAAAGACCCGGACAUGAAAGAGGAUGGAGGGAUGACAGAUGAGAGCCAGCAGAGGAGCGCUGAGCACCAGGAUACAGCACCCCGUCCAGCUCCCAGAAGCCUGAUCCAGAACCAGGUCCAGACUUCAGUCCAGAGUCCAGUCCAGAAGCCCGUCAACCUUGUCAGUCCUGGAUCUGCAGUGUCAGCCAGUAACGGCUGCCUGAAGCCUCCUCUUCCCCAGGCAGUGGUCCAGCCGGAGGACAGAGGCUUCCCCCCCUCUCAGCCCUGGUUCCCUCCCCAGCAGAGUCCGUCCAAACGCAGAGCGGCUGCUGAUGUGCUGUUCGACAGCUUCGCCUCAGAUGGAAGAAUAAACAUCAACCAGUUCUUUGAGGCCAUCUGGAGCUCCGGGCUGCACAGGUCUGACCCUCGACUCAGAGAGUGUUUCUUCCACCUGAGGAAACUGCAGGACGCCGAAGGAUCAGUGGACAGAAACUCCUUCCACAGGUGCGUCACAGGAUUCGUCUCUCUGAUCCUGAAAGCUCUGCAGGGACGAUUUGUCAUCCCAGAUUUCUCCACCUUCACUGAAGAAACUCAGAAGUUGUUUUCGAGGUGUCGUCAGCUCUCAUCUGUCCAGGACAAAGAGAAGGACAACGUGGACAGCACAAAGUGGGGUGUCUCGAUCUGCACUGUGGAUGGACAGAGGCUGUCCCUGGGUGACUGGGCCGGCCCUCUGGUUCUGGGUGAGGUGUCAUGGCCGCUGGUGUACGGCGUGGCGGUGGACCUGCUGGGCUCUGACCUCGUCCAUCGAUAUGUUGGCGUGGAGGAGUUCUCCAGACACAACUCUCCGUUCACACUCACCAAAACAGGAAUCCCUCACAGCCCGCUCACUGAGCCAGGUGCCAUCGUUACAACAUCUUUACUUCAGCUGGCGGGGCGGCUGUCUGCUGAGGAAGAGGAGAAGUACGACUCAGUGCUGAACGUCAUCCGAAGGCUCUGCAACAAGGAGCACGCCAACUUAAACUGCACCAGUUAUCAGAGCAGCAGGAAGGCCAGUGUCAGACUUCACGCUCUGUCCUUCUACCUGCAGGAGAAAAAGUGUUUUCCAGAGAAGGCGGACAUUAAUGCUGCUUUGGAUCUAAUGCUGCAGUGCGCCUCCACAGAGAUCACCACCCCGAGAUACUCAGGGACUUUAAGGUGGGGGAGCUCUCCUCUGCAGGAGGCCAGGAGGCACAACAAGGACGCUGCAGUCCAGCUGCUGCAAGGACAUAUCUGA